AUGGCGUCCAGCUGUACGAUUUUCAAUCAAAAUUCCACCGUUUUGGAAGAAAAACGUGAAGCUUUGGUUCACUCAACUCGAAUCACAAUUUGUUACCUGCGGAAUUACGAACGAAACAACAAAAUUUCACUACGUACUUGCUGCAAUGGAGAGCGACAUCCUAGACAAGUUAGCGAUUUCAUCACAAAUCCACCAACGGAAAACCAAUUUACACAACUCAAGGAUAAACUAAUUUCACGCUUCAGUGAUUCCGAGGAGCGUAAAAUCGAAAUUCUUCUCAACGAACUAGAACUUGGUGACAAAAAGCCAUCAACUCUACUUCGUGAAAUGAAGAACUUGGCCAGCGAUCAAAUUACCGGAGAUUUUUUGCGCGGCAUGUUUCUUCAGCGAUUACCAUCAAACGUACGUUCCAUUUUAGCCACCAGCACCGAAGAACUGGACAAACUUGCAUCAAUGGCUGACAAAAUUUUGGAUAUCUCUACGCCUAACAAUUGUUCUAUAACCAGCGUUAAUCAGAGUAAUCGGGUCAAGUUUACUCAGCUUCGCAAAAAAAGACGAAAGCUGACCGCCAAGAAUGAAGACAUUUGAAAGAAGAAGAAACAAAAAGAAGCAUUAACAACGAAUUCUACAAUAAGCACACAUU